AUGACAGACAGUGAGUCGGACGUCGGAGCCAUACAGCUUCGUAAUAGGCUUCUUGAGCUUGUGUACACUAGCGGUGCUGUUUUUACGAUUAGUCAACUCGCUCUCAUUCUUGCGGUGGACAAGGCAAGGAUUGUGCAUGAACUCCGACGAUCGGAUUUUCGCGGUAUUGUGUACGACCAAGAUGAGGAAACUGUGCACAUGCGGCCCCAGCACCGUAUGUCACCAUCAGAUACCAUUCUCAGUGGUAAAAUGCCCACAUCACGCGGCAUACGAAGAUCACCGGGCAUCGUAGAGACCCGUUACGCCAAUUACGGUAGCGACGGUUAUCAUCACUAUCGGAGAAGUACGUUGGGGAGUGGGCGCGUGGUUUCAACAAAGAGUACCUAUCGCAAAACAAAAUAUCGUCUCCCAUUUGACGCGGACGUGGUCAGUGGUGACAAUACGGAGAGUGCCUUGCCGAAAGGGCGUGUCGGUUAUGUGUGUGUCGCCGACGAGUUUCACCUCAGGGAGUUAGAGGCGCACUAUUCUGCACAGGGAUAUGACACCAAAUUUGAUUUUGAUGUCCUACACAUACGUUUCUCUGACAGGGAAAUGAGCGCCAAAGGCACACGCACAUCCGUCCUUGCAGCAAAGAGCUUGACGAACUUCACAAAUCCUACUUCUGCCGGGUGUGGGACACACGGCACAAACACUACAGAGGGUAGUAACAAUGAAAACAACAGUAAUAACAAUAAUAAUAACACUGGCGGUGAAAAGCCGAGUGAUCGAUCAUCGUUGCCUUCCGCCAAGAAUCUCUGUAAGACUGGUUUUGAUUUAUUUGUGUUUGAAUAUGGAGCUAUUGUCUGGUGGGGGUUUGACCAGCGCUUUUUUAAAAUUGUUGAGAAUGAUUUUAUGCUUCCAAACAGUGCCAUUUCAAGAUACAUGGAAAACCGCUACAUGACUCAGCUCAUUAGCGAGAACUACCCUGUGUGGUGCACAUAUACUCUUGAACGGAAGGAUACAUUAGAGCCUGACGAACACUUCCGGGAGAGGCUGCGUUUUGAUCACUUUAUUAUACCCUUUGGACGUGGGGAUAUGGAUACAAGCAACGUUAGCAUGCUGUGUGCCUCGCAUGCCCUCGCACAGUCCGCGAAGAUUGAUUACCUGGAGCUGAAGGUACAAGAGCUGGCGGAGAACUGCUCGCCGUUACCGCGUGAGUUACGUGAAAAGGGACAGGUGAGCAUUACUGAACGUCGUUUGUUGCAACUUCGUGGCGAGGUGCUUUCAUAUCGCCUUAUGUUAAAGAGUGGUUCAAACCUCAUGGACGAACCGGACUUCUUCUGGGAAAAUGCUUACCUGAAGCCCGUAUUUCAGGCGACGAAGGAGUGUUUUGAGAUCAGUGAGCGUGUGGAAGCACUGGAUAAUAAACUGGACGCCGCGAAUGAGAUUCUCUCCAUGCUGGCUGAGGAGUUCUCCCAGCGUCAUGGGGCCCGACUUGAAUGGAUCGUUAUUUGGCUUGUACUUGCAGAGGUUCUCAUUGGUAUUCUGGAGUUGCUGAUUGACCUAAAGCCAUGGUUCUAUCGAGGGCUGUAG